GCUCAAAAACCAGAAUAUUAGUAAACAAACAAAUUUAAUGGUAGCGAAACUGUCACCUUUGCCAGCUAUAAGUUAUACACAACUACAGUACCACGUUACCUGUGUAUGGGAAACACCAGAUGCAGAUGUAUCCUGCAAUACAAACCACAAGACAAACUGUGUUAGUUGGCUCUUCAUUACGCCAGGCUUAUCACAGAUUGUAUCUCCAGCUGUGUAGAACUUACACAUCUCGCAACGUUUUAAAGCUUAAUGAAAGAGGACUUUGGGCUGACCGCUUUCCUGACUCAAAUACAAACAAGUUGAUUGAGGAACUGACCAGACAACCACAAACUGUAUACAGUGGCUUUGAUCCUACUGCAGAUUCUUUGCAUGUUGGCAAUUUGCUGGUGUUAAUAGCCCUUCUUCAUUGUCAGAGGGCUGGGCACAACAUUAUUGCUCUUGUUGGAGGAGCCACAGCACAGGUAGGUGAUCCAAGUGGGCGUAGCAGUGAACGUCCUCAGCUCAAAAUAGAUGAAAUAAAAGCUAAUUCUAUUAAAAUUUCGGAGAAUAUUCGUCAAAUUUUUGAAAAUCACAAGCAGAUAUUCUGGGAUCAAGGAAAUGAUGAGCCAUUACCAACUUUAAGAAUUGAGAAUAAUCUUCACUGGUACAAACGAUUAAACGUAGUGGAUUUCCUGCGUGAUGCUGGUCGCAACUUAAGAAUGGGUGAUAUGCUGUCCCGCACCAGUGUACAGUCUCGUCUUAGUGCACCUGAAGGCCUUAGCUUCACUGAAUUUUCAUAUCAGGCUCUCCAGGCAUAUGAUUGGCUGUACCUAUAUGACAUGUACAACUGCAAAUUUCAGAUUGGAGGCAAUGAUCAGAUGGGAAAUAUUUAUACAGGUCAUCAACUGAUUCAUCGAGUACGAAAAACAUCUGUUACAGGUCUCACAAUACCCAUUAUAACCAAUGAAAGUGGUGACAAGUUUGGGAAAUCUGCUGGCAAUCCUAUCUGGCUUGACAGCAGUAAGACUUCUCCAUUUGACCUCUACCAGUUUUUUGUCCGAAUAAAAGACUCGGAGGUUGAAAAAUAUCUUCAUCUUCUAACCUUUCUUCCUGUGAAGGACAUCAAACAAGUAAUGGAGAAACAUUGGGGCAAACCAGAAAGUAGGUACGCACAAAAGAAAUUAGCUGAAAAAGUUACUCUUCUAGUACAUGGACGUCGUGGUUUAGAAUCUGCGAGACGUACAUCUGAAGUUUUGUAUGGUAACCAAUCUGAAGCACUGGCUGAAAUGACAAGAGAUGAAAUACAAGUGGUGUUCAAUUCUUACCCCUCUGUUGAACUCAUCCUGACACCAGGAACUUCGGUCUUGGAUUUGGCAUUGAAGGCUCAAUGCUUCAAAGAUGAAAGAGAUGCCAGACGCAUCAUUGAAGCAGGAGGAUUUUAUAUAAAUCUUUCACGUGUCAGCAAUCCAGAUCUUAUACUUGUUCCAGGAGCACAUAUACUCCCUAAUGGACUUUCUUUAUUAAGAGUUGGUAAGAAAAACUACUACCUAAUCAAAUGGCAAAAAUAAAUUAUGCUGGAACUACUUUUUAAAUGUAUAAAAAUAUUUAGAAUUUUGCAUGAAUAAAUAUACAAAAACCUG